UCGUUCUGAGUUGGGAGUCUUUGGAAGUUUCGACUAUCAGUCUGUCACCGGCAUCAUUGUCUCCCUCGCUCCCUCUUUUGUCUGAACCAAACGUCGUAGUAGUUCACAAGAGAAGAACAAUCUCGUGAACCGAUGGUAAAAACUAGACAACAAAAAUCCAAACCCAAGAAACAGCAUCCCCAAGUAAAAAAGCAGGGAAAGCAGACAGAUAUUUCUCGGUUUCGUGCCCAGCUUGAUGCAUUGGGCCUACAAAUCAUCCAAGUGACUGCAGAUGGUAAUUGUUUCUUCAGGGCUCUUGCUGAUCAGUUAGAAGGUGAUGAGGAGCAACAUGGAAAAUACCGCAGCAUGGUGGUACAAUAUAUAGUGAAGAACCGUGAAAUGUUUGAACCCUUUAUCGAGGAUGAUGUCCCAUUUGAUGAAUACUGUCAGUCCAUGGAAAAGGACGGCACAUGGGCUGGACAUAUGGAACUACAGGCAGCUUCUCUUGUCAUUCGCAGAAAUAUAUGCAUACAUCGAAACAUGUCGCCUCGCUGGUACAUAAAGAAUUUUGACGGACGUGGAGCUCUCAUGGUCCAUUUAUCAUAUCAUGACGAGGAACACUACAACAGUGUAAGAUUAAAAGAAGACCCCUGUAACGGGCCAGCAAUGCCAAUUAUUAUUACGGCUGAUGCUGAAAUCUCAGCAUCAACUAAUCAAGCAAAAGCUGCAGUUAGCAAGCCGAAGGGGGCAGCUGGUAAGGACAGUAUCAAUACAGGAUCAAUCAAAUUGGUAUUGGCUGGAAGUGGUUGUGAAAGUGCUGAAAAAGUUGAACAGGUUUUGCUACAAGUAGAUGGUGAUGUUGAUGCUGCUAUAGAGUUUCUGGUAGCAGAACAAGGAACCGAAGACUACGCAGCUGAAAAUGAUUCACUUACUUGUCAUGUAGAUGGUUCUUAUGGAAAUGAUGAAGAUGUAAACAGUGAAAAACUCAAGCAAGAAGCUUUAAAGAAGACCUUUGAACAGGAUCCAUCUAGUGAUAGCAUUAAAACUCUUGAUGAUAGCAGUUCUCGAAAAGAUGACAAGGUUUCAUGCUAUAAGAUUCCAAGAAACAAGAUCUGCCCUUGUGGGUCAAAGAAAAAAUACAAGGCUUGUUGUGGAUCAGUCUCGGGGAGGUCAUCGACUAAGUUUAUAGCUAACCAAACAAUGGAUGCCAGAAAGGGUAGAAAGGUACAGAAACAAGGCAAGAAGGGAGCAUCUGCUAAAUCUGCAGCAUCCUCUGGAUCUGAUGGAGGGCCACCUGACAUGGGUGCACUUUGCAUAUGACCUUAAUAUCAUGUCUCCUAGGUGCGAUAUUUUGGAUCUUGUCCCCAUGUGGCGCCAAUCUGUUUCCCACUUUCAGGCAAGGGCUUAUGCUGUGAGCCUCUGAAAAAUGAAUUUGAGUGCUCAUGGCCUCGGUUGAUGCUCAUGCAUUUAAUUGUUACGAUUCCUCAUCACAUCCAAAUAUUAGCAGGACAAACAGGUUCUGCUUUUCAACUCCAGUUUAUUUUGAGAUUCGCUGUAAAUGGGUCUCCAUUCUUUGACAAAAAGUGGGAUUAUACAACAGAGAAUGAUGAAGAUGAAAAGAGAAGAAAUAGGAAUGGUACAGAUUUUUGUUUAACAUUUAUUGAGCUUUGACAAUUCUGAGAGUCAGUGACAGAUUCACGAUGGUGACGAGCAACAUUUGCUUCUUUUAGAAGCAUAGAAGGUAUAAUUGUAAGGGUAUGAUUAUAGUAAACGGAUGUAUAACUGUCUUGUUCACGCAUAUGGAAUAUGUACAUUCAAUGAUGUGAGUGUUUUAUUCCUCCUGCAAGUCAUUUUUGAAUGAAUCUUUUUUUAACUAA